AUGUCUGCCAACGACGCAACUCUCUCCAACGCCGUGGCCGCAGCCCACCCUCCCCCACAGAUUCCAAUGAGCGCCAUGGAGCUGUGCACCUACUUCCCACUCCAGCUAAGAUACCCAGAGCUGAAGUUUCGACUCAUCCGCAACGGCUGGAACAACGGCCAAAUCGCGAAAGCCGAACUCAUCGCACGCGGAGCCUACAAUCAGCCCACAUUCACCCGCCGCGCAAACGCGCUUCGCCAAGCCGUCGGAACUGCGGGCCAGGAGAAAUUCAACGACCCGCAGUUCUCCGUCCAUACCUACCGCAACGACCCAGCCCUGCAACCCUUCACAGACCAAGGCUCACCCGCCGCAAACCGCGCGCUGUACGACAUCUCCCGCGCAAACCCGCCCGUCCUGCCACCCGCUUCCAUCCACGCCCCUCUACCAGCCGCUACACUCGAGCAAGUCGCCUAUGGCGUCCUCGUUCACCCGACCGGCGAAGACGCGGGGAUCUUCACCAAGGCGAUGCUCUGGGCGCUGUACUACGGCGUCGCGGGGCAGUACACCACCGACGAUAUCAUGCAUAUCGUCAACAAUGUCAACAAUUUCGAGGUUCCGCGGCCGGGAGAUCCAGCUGGACUGCCCCGGAGGAGGAUGAAUGUGUUGCCGGGGGAGGCGGGGACGCAUCGUUGGGAUCAGGGGGGGAGGGACCGGGUGCAGGCGAUUGAGAGGCCGUGUCAUGUAGCAACGAAAUACUACGCCUCUGGCUGGCUCUCUGUCGAGCUAAACCCAUCUGGUCCGUCGAAAAAGCACGGCAAUGACGGAGACGAAAUGGGCUCCGAGACCACAGAGAGCAGCGUGUUGCUUAGCUCGUCGGACGAGGAAAUGGACAUUGGAAGGUUUGGUCCAACGACCAUGCCCGAAGCCCAAUAUGUUCCGUCGAAAUGUCCGCAAGAAGGGUCCCCGCAAGACACUCACCAUCAGACCACGCGUACCAGGGACAAAAAAACAUCCUGGCCUCCCCUCUCCAAAGUCGAUCUUCGUCAACUAAUGCCUACCCGUCCCGCGCCCAGACCGCCCGGCAAGAGAGAGACGACACCCCACGCCCCGUCAACCACGAUCGCCCCACUCGCGCUCACACCGAACAGAAAGCCCGCGAACGGGAAGCCGCCUGCUGUUGAAGGGACUCUUAUGGACCUGAUUCAUGCAGCAGACCUCGACGUGGGCCGCGCCAACUGGAUUCAACGCGAAGACGAGCACUUCCACUAG